GCUCCGUUACGUCCCGGUCUGCCCUCUGCGCAUGCGCACUGCCGCUGUCGGCGCUCGUGUGGGGCCCGUGAGGAUCCAGCGGGAGUGUUAGCUGUGUAAUGGCGGCCUCGGUGUUGCUCUCCGCGGAAAGCGCCGUGCCCUCUUUUACCGUCGGCCAUCCCUCCGCAGCGGCUGCGGCGGGAACCACUCAUCACGGAUUAUCCAAUGCUCCCGGACCCGCGUCCUGGAACCGCUCGCUGGACCGGGCGCUGGACGAGGCGGCGGCCACCGGAGCGCUCACCCUCAGCGGCAGGAAGCUGAAGGAGUUCCCGAGGAGCGCCGCCGGACACGACCUGACCGACACCACCCGGGCCGAUCUAUCACGAAACAGGUUGAUGGAGCUGCCGGUGGAGGUGUGCAUGUUUGUGUCGCUGGAGAAUUUGAACCUGUACCAGAACUGCCUGCGUUCACUACCAGAGAGUCUGAUCAACCUACAGUCCCUCACCUACCUAAACAUCAGUCGGAACCAGUUGUCCACUCUCCCCGCUCAUCUGUGCCGACUGCCGCUCAAAGUUCUGAUCGCCUGCAAUAACAAGCUGGUGUCGCUGCCGGAGGAUCUGGGCAAACUCAGACAGCUCACUGAACUGGAUGUCAGCUGUAAUGAGAUCCAGACGCUUCCUCCACAGAUCGGUCAGCUGGAAGCUCUGCGUGACCUCAACAUCCGCAGAAACCACCUCGUUCGUCUGCCUCCUGAGUUGGCCGAGCUGCCGUUGGUCCGGCUUGAUUUUUCCUGUAAUAAGGUAACGACAAUCCCAGUAUGCUACCGCAAUCUCCGACACCUCCAGAGCAUCAUUCUGGACAACAAUCCUCUCCAGAGCCCACCUGCACAGAUCUGUAUAAAGGGAAAGAUCCAUAUAUUUAAAUAUCUCAACAUGGAGGCGUGUAAAGCAGCAUCAGACCUUCCAGACUACGACAGAAGACCACUGCCCUACGGAUCCUAUGCGGAGGAUUUGUAUUCCGGCCGGCCGUACGGAGCUCUGGACUCUGGCUUUAACAGUGUGGACAGCGGAGACAAGAGGUGGUCGGGAAAUGAGCCUUCAGACGAGUUGUCAGACUUGCCGUUGAGAGUGGCGGAGAUCACCAAAGAGCAAAGACAGAGACGAGAUCGAGAAAGAGAGCGUGAGGAUCAUCGGACGGGGUCUCACAUGACCAAUGGCACAUUGGAAGCAGAGCUUGAACAGAUAGACUUCAUUGACAGCUGUACGGGGGAUGAUGAGGGGGAGGAUAGGCGGAGCCGUAGAGGGGCGGAGCCUGUCAGCCUCAGCUCACAGUUUAUGGCCUACAUUGAAAGACGAAUCACCAGAGAGGGUUCACCUGUGAAGACCAGCCCAUCCAGAGAAUUAAGAACCGAUGAUCCGAGACACCAAACCGCCUUACAUAACCGUGUGUGGCUCUGUAGUCAUAUGCAUACUGUCCCACCCCAGAAUCUGUACCCCUCCAGACGGUCCACUCACACAGAUGACUCCGCCCUCUUCAUGAGUGAGUUUGAGCCCCUACUGAUAUUUGAGAUAGACACAGAUACCAACACUAUAAAGAAGAGGCCAGACCCUCACAAACAGGUGAAAGACACACAGACAUGUUUAGCCAGCUGUCUAAAUGGGGACUUGCCAUACACUACUAUUGAUCAAGGUGAAGAUUAUGCCUCGCUGUCACCCUCCGCCCUCCAAUCCCCCACGUACCCCAGCCCCGCUGCCCCGUCCCCUUCCCGCGGCCCCAACCAGAGACCUGAGAGUUACCUGUUUCGCCUGAGUCAGCGAGAGGAGAAGAAAAAAGGAGAAUCAGGCACACAGAAGGCGGAGCCAGUGGAAGCCACUCCCACACCGAGUCCCGCCCCAACCGGAGAGGAGGCGGUCCUGAUAGAGCAGCUGAGAAGGAAUAUCGAGUGUCGACUCAAGGUGUCCUUACCCAGUGAUCUUGGGGCAGCUUUGACUGACGGGGUCGUGUUGUGCCAUCUGGCCAACCACGUGCGUCCCCGAUCCAUACCGAGCAUCCAUGUACCUUCACCAGCAGUGCCCAAACUGACGAUGGCCAAGUGUCGACGAAAUGUGGAGAACUUCCUAGAGGCGUGCCGCAGAAUUGGAGUUCCUCAGGAUAGCUUGUGUUCAGCGGGUGACGUGCUGAAAGGGGAGGUGGUCUGUGUGUUCAGGCUGGUCCAGGCCUUGCUCUCCCUGGCACCACCUCCCCUUCACUCCGCCCCUUCUACCCAGCUGGCUGGAUUUGCCCUUUUCUACCUGUCAAUCAUGUCGCUGCUAUGUGCUCUCUACUGCCACCUGGUGCCAACCCAUUAAAUCGCUUUUCCAUAUUGAUCACUGCAUUAAAAUAGCCAAUUGUUUGUGUGUUUGAGCAGAAUUACACAAUAGGUGGUGUUUAUGCGCACAGAUAUUACAUUUAUAGUGUUUUCUAGUGAUACUUUGCUAAGCUCCGCCCCCUUUGUGUAAUGUUGCCCAUUUUUGACAAGCUUUGUAUAAUUGCAUUCAUGCAAAUUUCAGUAAAGUGUGCUGCUAAAAUGGGACAAAUUGAUUGAAUGGUAUUAUUGCAUAGACUGGAAAGAAUUAUGAUGAAAGAAUGUGCCAUUUCUUUAAAGGUAAUUAAAUUGCACUACUGUUCAGUUUGAGGUAAAAGAAGAUUACUUUUU